GUCACCCUCUCCACGGGCUCUCGUUCAACUGCACGGCGGCCUGCGAUAAAAAUGUCGCUAUUUAACAUAAUCCACCGCAUGGUGAUUGUAUUUGAAGACCACAUCGUCAAUGCCAUUCUGCGACAGCCUGGCUUCCACCGUGCCGUCGGUAAAAUCCAGCGAACGGUAGACGAUCAGAUCCACGGGCGCAACCCCAACGAGCCGCUCCGACCAGGCGAGGCAACCUCUGAUCCGAAUGCACCGACUAGCGAGGGAUUUCUGAAACAUUUCGUCAGCGAACUGCGGAACCAGGCCUCCGGUAGACCGACCGACCUGGACGAAGAGCCAACCAAAUUGACGAAGAAGCGAUGACGAGAGCACCACACUCAACACGAUACAAUCUAACCUAUCAAGUCGUGGAUUUCUCCGAUAUCGUCUAAGAUCUCUCCGAUGGAGGCUGGCUUCCCGACAACUCGAAGCUGCACCUUGCCCUUGGCAGCGUGCCUGCACCGCUUCUCACGCGCCGGCCAGCAUCCCUCACACAAGUUCGACUCAAAGCAGCGCUUGCAGUGCCAGCAGAGCUCAUCGGGCUUGAACUUGGUUUUGCACUUGGAGCACUUGUAGCUAAACCCAAGCUCGUCCUCUUUAUCUUGAGUCUUGAGGUUGCGGCCUCGUUCGAGGAUAUGGCGUGAUGCACUCUGCACAUGCCGGCAGCGUUUUCCGGCCCGAUUGCACCCCUCACAGUAGCUAUUCUUGUCUGAUGGACAAGCUUUGCAAACAUAUGCAAUGUUGUUGGUAACAAAACCUGUAUCACAUCCUGUACAGAUCAUGGGCUCUGUCAUGUCCAUCUUUGUCACUGUUGGUGGCUGCACCGCCACUGCCACAGGAUAAGGCCUAGGAGGUGGUGCUGGAUACGGUAUAUAUGGAGGUGGGAUCGGAAUCUGGGAGGUCUUGUGCUGCUCAAUGAGCCACAUGGCGUUGGUGAACUCGUCACAUGUAAACCUGCCGUUCUUGUAUGUAGAGGCUUGGUCCCAGAUAUUUGAUAGAACAGUCUUGUCUAGACCGCUUGAUAGAAAAAUAGAGGCCGCUUCGAGUCCAUUGAGAUAUGGUUUCCCUUGUGCAUUGGCUGCAAAUGUACCAGCGCAGUGCUGUCGAAAGUCUGGUGGCGGUUGAUGCGUUUGGUUUGCUUUAACGAUUGGGGGGUAGUCUUUUGACAUUGUGAUAUAUAUAAACCGGCGAUAUUUUUUGUGAAUCCACAGAGUAGUUUGUGAAUAUUUAUGCGGGAUAGUUCAACUAUAUAUGCUACCUAGUGUAGAGAAAAUCAGGCUGUAGCGUCAUUCCCGUGCAGCGGCCGCCCGUUCGUGGCGGUGCUGAGCUCAGCCGAGUGAGUCGUCAUGACCCGCACUAGCCUCCCAUCAUUUUUCCUAUUUGGGAAGACGAGGAACGGAGAGCGUUUGCCAAGGCGAUUUUCGUUAUAGUUACACCGUUUAAAGUUAAAAAGAAGAGAGAAGCGGUAAUCGGAGGGGAUAUGUAUGUGAUAUUAAUACACUGUAGUGAGGGAGAUUUCUAACUAACUACCAAAUUCAUUAUGGCAUCCUAUACCGAUGAGAAAAAAAAAGAAGGAGAAAAACGCCAACCCAUUUUAUAUGCACCGUCUACUAUUCGUGACGAGUAUCGCGCUCUAUUAAUGCGAACAGGAAGAAACAGAAAAAGGAAAUUCCAAGUAAGAAAGGUCGCUUAAGCAGCGGCCAUCUCAAUGGUCUUGCCCUUGACGGAGUUCCAGGGCAUGAGGACGGCGCCGAUGAUGGAGGCGGCACCGAGAGCGGCAGAAACAUAGAAAGCGUUGGUGACGGCGUUGUUGUAGGCAACUUGGACGAGAGCAAGAGCCUCACCCUGGAGUUGGGUGGUGAUUUGAGUGGCACCAAGCGAGAUGACGGAGAUGGGGUCGAUACCAGGGAUGUGGGCGGCGGCAAUGUUGGAGACAAGCUUGUUGGAGAAGAUGUUCUGGGCAACGCAGAUGAAGAGAGCUCCACCGAGGGUCUGGGCGAACAUCAUGAUGGCGGUACCGACGGGAACAUCGUUGGCGGGCAGGGAAGCCUGGACGGCAACCAUGGUCUGCUGCAUACCCAUACCGACACCCAUACCGAAGAUGAGCUGGUAUCCGAUCCAGUGAGCGGUGGGGGUGUCGACAGUGAAGGUGGCGAGAAGACCAGCACCAACACCCAUCAUGAUCGAAGAGACAAUCAUGAAGGGAGCGUAGUAUCCGAGAACAGUGACGAGGCCACCGGCAACAAUAGAGAGGACGACAACGGAGAGAAUCAUGGGCAAGUUCUUGAUGCCCGACUGCACGGCCGAAGCGCCCUGGAUGGCCUGGAACCAGAGAGGCAGGUAGAAGACGAGGACGAAGAAAGCAGCGCCAAGAGUGGCACCGAAGAAAGCGCCAGCCCAGACAGUGCGGGUCUUGAAGAUGCGAGGGGGCACAGUAGCGCGCUCCUGCUUCCAGAUCUGGACACCAACGAAACCAGCAAGCAAAACGCCAGCAAGGACAAAGAGCGCAAUAAUGCGGCCAUUGUCCCAGGGGUAGCUGGUACCACCCCACUGAAGAGCGAGGAGAAGGCAGACAACACCGGGGAUGAAGAGGAACGUGCCCUCAAGAUCGAAGGAGAGGAUCUGCUCCUUGACGGAGGACUGCUUGAGGCCAUUCUUGCCAGGGAGAUCGAGGAAGAGGACGAGGAAGAAGGCGGUGACAGCUCCAAAGGGGAGGUUAAUGUAGAAGCACCAUCUCCAGGUCAAUCGGUCGGUGAAGGCGCCGCCCAUGAGAGGACCAGCAACACUGGCAAUACCGUACAUGGAACCAAUAAUACCCAUGUACGUAGGGCGCUGGUGCAGAGGAACAGAGCGCUGGACAAUGAGCAGAGCACCAGAGAAGACACCAGCGGCACCGAGACCGGCGACGGCACGGCCGAGAAUGAGACCAGUCGAGUUGGGGGUGGCACCGCAGACGAGGGAGCCGAGUUCGAAGAGGCCGAGGGCGAUGAGGAAGAUGCUCUUGAUGCUGUAGAAGGUGUAGAGCUUGCCGUAGAUGAGGGUGAGGGCGCAGGUGGUGAGCAGGUAGGAGGAGCCGUACCAGCCAAUGUCGUUGACGGCCUUGAAUUCGUCGGUGAUGCGGGGGAUGGCGGUGGCAAUGAUGGUGUUGUCCUAGAGCGCAGGCGUUAGUACGGAUUACACGGUGACGACAUUGAGGACGACCACUUACAAGAGCCAUGCAAAAGACGGCAAGACACAGGGCAACAGAAAUCAAAAACAGACGCCAUGGCGCAGGAUACUCGGUAGCAACCUCCUGUAGAGGGCCACCGAGGGCCUCGUCGCUAGUCUCGUCAGCAGCGUCGGCGUUGGGGGCGGCAGUCUUUUCGCUGGGAGCCGCGGUGUGAGGAGGCGUAGAGUCGUGCUCUUUCUGGAGGGCAGCCGAGUUGACGGAGCCAACGUCGGUAGCGGCGUCGGACUUUUCCAUUGUGGUGUUUGUUGUGUUUGUUGUGUCGUUCAGUAGUGGUAGCGGAAUGGUGGGCGAAGUUGAACGGGAGGUGAGAGUGAGGUUCUGUCUCUUUGUUUCAGAGAACAAUGGAGAGAGAAUGAAGGAACAGUGAAAAGGAAAGGAAACAGUGAACAAAAGUUGGUGAUGAGAAAAAAAAAGAAAGGAGACGAGGGGAGG